GAAGAACCUUACACCACUGUGUUGCUCAUCGGGGUCCGGAAAGAGGCCCGGUCACAAAUGCUUCACCUCUCCAGGAACAAGCGCUACACCCUUACCCCAGAGAAGCUCCAGUGGGACAAGUUCAAGCUUACAUACAAGUUGCUCUCCUACCCUACAAACUUGAUAAAUGCCAGUGACACGCGUCGAGGCAUUGGCAAGGCUUUUGGCAUGUGGAGCGACGUCUCGCCGUUCAGCUUCAGAGAGGUGCCAGCUGACCAAGAAGCAGACAUUAAGAUCGGCUUCUACCCCGUCAACCACACAGACUGCCUGCAGUCCUACUUGCACCAUUGUUUCGACGGCAUCACAGGAGAAUUGGCUCAUGCAUUCUUCCCGCCAAUUGGUGAGAUCCACUUUGAUGACCACGAAUACUGGAUUCUGGGAAACAUGCGCUACAGCUGGAAGAAAGGGGUUUGGCUGACAGAUCUUGUCCAUGUGGCAACUCAUGAAAUUGGCCACGUCCUGGGACUCAUGCACUCCAUGGACCGGAAAGCUAUAAUGCACCUGAAUGCAACGCUGACAGGGCGCAAGCUAAUCACACAGGAUGACGUGUGGGGUUUGCACCGUCUCUAUGGAUGUUUGGACCGGUUAUUUAUCUGUCCGGCCUGGGCUCGGAAAGGCUAUUGCGACAGCAAGCGCAAGCUGAUGCAGAAGCACUGCCCUUCCAGCUGUGAUUUCUGUUACGAAUUCCCCUUCCCCACUAUGGCUCCCACCCCGACCCCGAGGACCAAGCACAAGCUGGUCGUCGAGGGAAAGACGCUCACUUUUCGCUGUGGGAAGAAAAUAGCAUCGAAGAAAGGCAAAGUAUACUGGUACAAGGACGGGGAGCUGCUGGAGUUCUCUCACCCGGACUACAUCUCCUUGAAAGAUGACCACAUAACCAUAGUGGCCAAUGCCAUCAACGAAGGCACAUACACCUGCAUUGUGAAGAAAAAAGACAAAAUUCUCACAAACUACUCGUGGAGAGUUCGUGUGCGCUACUGAAGGCCAUUCCAGCUCCUCAGCACACUGAACAAAACGCAUUCACACACACGGUCACAAGGAGACCUCAUUCACUAGGGCACAUAUUUGUUUUAACUAUCUUACUUAUGUCGGUCAUCAACUGUCACGUGUUUUAAUAAUAAAUAAUGAAUGUUCCAUGACAA